GGCUCAGAGUGAAAACGCCAGAUUCAACUCUUCUACAUCUGGACUGAAGACCAUUUAGCAGAAGCCAUUACUGAGCUCAGAACAGACGGAGACAGAAUGGCGUCUGGAUCUCCUUCUCUCCUGGAAGAGGACCUCUCCUGUCCUGUGUGCACUGAAAUCUUCAGGGAUCCUGUUGUCCUGAGUUGCAGUCACAGCUUCUGUAAGGUCUGUCUGCAGCAGUACUGGGAUCAGAAGGGAUCUCUGGAGUGCCCAGUUUGCAGGAGAAGAUCUUCGAAGGAAAAUCCUCACAUUAACCUGUCUCUGAGGAAUAUCUGUGAGACGUUCUUAAAGGAGAGAAGUCAGAGAGCUAAAGCAGGAUCUGAAGUGUUCUGCAGUCUGCACAGUGAGAAACUCAAAGUCUUCUGUUUGGAGGAUCAAAUACCCAUCUGUGUUAUCUGUCAAACUUCAAAAAAACAUGAAAACCACAAAGUGCGACCAGUUCAGGAGGCUGCCGAAGAGUAUAAGGAGAAACUCAGGACUGCACUGGCUCCACUGCAGGAGAAGCUAGAAGCCUUUAAUGCAGUGAAGCUGAUCUGUGAUCAAACAGCAGAGCACAUCAAGAGCCAGGCCCAGCACACAGAGAGACAGAUAAAGAUGGAGUUUGAGAAACUUCAGCAGUUCCUAAAAGAUGAAGAGGCAGCCAGGAUCACUGCACUGAGGGAGGAAGAGGAGCAGAAGAGUCAGAAGAUGAAGGAGAAGAUUGAGAAGAUGACAGAAGAGAUAUCAUCCCUUUCAGAACAGAUCAGAGCCUUAGAACAGGAGCUGGGAGCUGAAGACGUCUCAUUCCUGGAGAGGUACAAGGACACACAAAACAGAGCCCAGUGCACCCUGGGGGAUCCAGAGGUCUCAGGAGCACUGAUUGAUGUGGCCAAGCACCUGGGCAAUCUGAAGUACAGAGUGUGGGAGAAGAUGCUGGGGACUGUUCAAUACACUCCUGUGACUCUGGACCCAAACACAGCACAUCCCAAACGCUCACUGUCUGAGGAUCUGACCAGUGUGAGAUGCAGUGAUGAGAGACAGCAGGUUCCUGAUAAUCCAGAGAGAUUUGAUAAGUGGUGUUGUGUGCUGGGCUCUGAGGGAUUCAGCUCAGGGAGACACUGCUGGGAUGUAGAAGUGGGGGGUGAGAUCUGGUGGGUGGGUGUGGUUAAAGAGUCCAUCAGCAGGAAAGGGGGUGGGUAUGUGAGCCCAGCAGGAGGAGUGUGGAGUAUAGAGCUGUGCGAUGGGAAAUACAGUGCCCUGACCUCCCCACUCACACUCCUCACUGUGCAGAGGGACCUCCAGAGGGUCAGAGUGCAGCUGGACUGGGACAGGGGGGAGGUGUCAUUCUCUGACCCCAGUGACAACACUCCUCUCUACACUUUUAAACACUCCUUCACUGAGAGACUGUUUCCAGUCUUUGUGGGGACUGUGCGGAUCUGCUCACUGAAGGUGUCUGUAAGUGCAAAAUAGCACUGUGGGAUUGUUUGUAAACAUCAGUUGAAGUCAAAGGACUGUAUUUGAUCAACUCAGAGCAGAUUAACUCCAAAUUUUAUAAACAAAAACACAUUAUUACAAAAUAUUAUCUAUUAUUUUAAAUGUAAAUACAAACAUUGUAUUGUGCUUGAUGAGAAAUGUGUAAUCUCUCUGAUAUAACUUCAGAAUGUUAUUACUGAGUAAUUCCUGUG